AUGCCCCAAGAGCUCAGCUAUGCAGUAUACUUGAGCUAUCAAGAUAUGCCUCCUCAUCUGAAGCAGUGCUUUCUAUAUUACUCUCUUCUUCCUCAAAAUAAAACUUAUUAUGCACAUGAAGUCGUUGCCUUGUGGAUUAGCGAAGGAUUUGUUCAUGGAAGCUCAAAUGAUCUAGAAGAAUUGGGAAUAAAUUACUACAAGGAGCUGAUAUAUCGGAACCUUAUAGAGCCAGAUAAAUUGUAUGUAAAUCACCUUAGUUGCAGCAUGCAUGAUGUUAUUCGCUCAUUUGCUCAGUAUAUGAUAAAAGAUGAAGCACUCAUAGUUCAUGAUGGAGACAUCGAUAAUCUAACUAAACUUCAUUCACAAAAGUUUCUUCGGUUAUCAAUAGAAACCAACCGCUUGCAGUCUGGUGAUAUUGACUGGAAAUCUUUACAGGAGCAGAAAUCAGUGAGAACAUUAAUCUCAACUAUUCAGAUCAAGAUGAAGCCCAGUGAUUUAUUGGUUACUUUUUCUGGUCUACGGAUUCUACAUAUAGAAUCUGUAGAUGUGGCUGCAUUGGUUGAAUCGUUGCACCAGCUGAAGCACCUGAGAUAUGUGGCACUAUUAAAUACUGAUAUAUCUGUACUUCCGGUGAACUUUGACAAGAUGAAAUUAUUGCAAUUCCUUAGGCUUGAUGGAUGUAAAAAUUUACUGAAUCUUCCUGAUAGCAUUGUGAAGCUUGGCCAGCUGAGGUUACUUGAUCUUCCCAGCAGAUGUAUGAUACCUAGAGGGUUCUGUGGUCUGACAAAUAUGAGAAGACUACAUGGGUUUCGGGCCCACAUGGAUGGUGAUUGGUGCAGUUUGGACGAGUUGGGGCCUCUUUCCCAACUCAGAUUUCUUGAAUUAAUACAUUUGGAGAAUGUAUCUGCUGCUUCAUUUGCUGCAAAUGCUAGGCUUGGUGAGAAAAUACAUCUUAUCGACGUAUUCUUGUACUGCACUAGCAAACUAGGAGAUGAUGGGUUGGUCAAAGAAAAAGAAGGUGUCUCCGAGGAAGAGCAACAACAAAUCGAGAAGGUGUUCGAUGAGCUCUAUCCUCCACCCAGUGUAGAAUUUAUUCAUAUCGAUGGGUAUUUUGGCCAGCUACUCCCGAGUUGGAUGAUGUCCACGUCAAAGUUCUUUCAGGUCGCCCGUGCUCCAUGCAUCAGGCGUGUUGGGACUAGAUUCUUGCAGGCCGUGGCAACUCCAUUUCCGAGUUUAAAAGAGAUGAGCUUUAGAGAAAUGGUGGAAUGGGAGGAGUGGGAAUGGGAGGAGCAAGUACAAGCCAUGCCCCGUUUGGAGAAGCUUUGGCUCAUUAAUUGCAAACUGAGGCGUGCUCCUCCUGGCCUUGCCUCCAAUGCAAUGGCUUUGAAAGUUUUAUACGUACAUGAUGUCCAACACCUCAGCUACCUUGAGAACUUUCCUUCUGUCAUUGAGCUUACAGUGGUUAGAAGCCUCGACCUUGAGAGGAUCACCAAUCUCCCCAAUCUGCAGAAGCUUACCAUCACCAUUUGCCCAAAGUUGAAGGUGCUGGGGAGUAUCCCUGCACUCGACAGGUUGGUCCUAGAGGAUUACACCAUGGAAACACUUCCAGAAUACAUGCGAGGUAUAAAGCCAAAGCAUUUUCAGUUAUUCUGCCGGCCAUGGUUGCUCUCUUCGGUAGCCAUGGGACAAUCUGGUCCUGAGUGGGACAAGUUCAGCCAUGUGGAGCAUGUCAAGGCAUAUUCGCCUGAUGGAGACAACCAAAGGAAAUGGUACGUGUUGUACACAAGAAGAGACAACUUCAAGUUGGAUUCAAAUAUUAGCUGCUCUUCCGUAUUUGAAGGUACUUACAAUAAAUAAAAGAUCAAGCUUUGCCUUAAUUUGUUUGGGCACUCUCACUCUGGCAGUUUGUAAGUUCGUUUCAUUU